AGUCGUGUAAAAAAUUGUAUUAUUCAUAGACAAAACUAAAUAAUUGCUUGUAUGAAAAUUGGUGCUAUCGGUACAAUCGAUGGUAGAUUAGAUAUUGAUUAUUAAAGUGCAGGUAGUCAGGUUGUGUUCGACAGUGACAUAUACGACAGUGGUGGACAGAGCUAUGGCGCCAUGGCGUGAGUUACCUUAUGAAAUCCGCGAUGUGUCGCCGGAAGAGGAUAAAAUUAUCAAGAAGUGUUUGAUUGGUUACACAAAAAAAUUUAUCAAAUGUGGCAAGACUGGGUAUGUGAUGCCCGCUGCAUUUAAAAAGCACGCUGAAUACAUCUACAACUUUAAGGUCCGGCCAGAUGAUAUUUGGGUCGUCACUUAUCCUAGAUCAGGAACAACAUGGACUCAAGAAAUGGUGUGGUUAUUGGAAAAUGGAUUGGACUUUGAAGCAUCGCAAAAAUCUCCUCUAUAUGAACGGUUUCCUAUGUUAGAAUUAACAUCACAAAUACCGGAGGUGGCGUUCGAGCUGAUUAAGAUAAACUUCAUGAAUCUAGCAAAUUUUCAAGGGUUGAACAAGGCGGUAAAGCGGCCGAGUUGGAAGGAUAUAGAUGAGGCACCAUCACCUAGAUUAAUCAAGACCCAUCUCCCAUUAUCGUUACUCCCACCAGAUCUAUUAAAGGCAAGAGUCAUCUAUGUAGGUAGAGAUCCAAGGGAUGUUGUGGUAUCGAAUUAUUACCUUCAUAAAAUGAUUAUGAAGAGUUUUAUGAGAGGAUCGUUUCUACACUUUUGGGAGGCGUUCCGGCGGGAUUUACUACCUGGAAUGCCAGUUAUAUCUCACACAAACGAAGCCUGGAAACAGAGACAUCAUCCGAAUCUCCAUUUUUUGUUUUAUGAAGACAUGCUUCAGGAUCUACCAAAAAGCAUACGCGGCGUCAGUGAAUUUCUACCAAGGAAUGUAACCGAAGAACAAGUGAAGAAGCUUGCAGAACAUUUAACGUUUAAAAAUCUUAAGAAGAACAAGAAUGUUAACAAUUCAACUGACAGUGAUAUACAAUUUAUUAGAAAAGGUGAAUCCGGCGGGUGGAAAACACAUUUCGAUGCGAAAAUGGAACUACAGGCUGAAGAAUUUAUGAAUGAAAGGCUAAAAGGUCUAACUUUGAAAUACCCAACAUAUGUUCUAGACGAUGAAUGUUCAAGAUUGUAAAUAAGAAAUGAAUUAUCUAAAACACAUGUCUGAUACAAACGUAACUUCAGAGUUACGUUACGUAUGGAGUCCAGACUCCAUAUAUCUUUACGGGUCUUUUCAAUAGAGACGUUGUGUUGUGCGAGUUGUCGUCAUCUAUAUUAGUCUAUAUUUUAGUUAAGUUUGCACAAAAAGAUGACAACAAACAAUGGUAUUGUGGUGACACUGCAAUAUACGCUACAAAUCACUGUGAUGAUGUCAUACCCUGAAACGCACCAACGAAAUUAUCCCGACUGUACACGACAACUUAGCCAUUGAGGCUUUCUAGCAGCCGAGUCGGUGGUUAGACUGGUCGAGAAUCCUUCCUGUAGAUUAGAGUAACUCAACUUCAACAUCCUUCCGUGUCGUAUAGCUAAACGAACUCUUCCGUGUCAAUACGGAACACAUGGAUAAAAACGUAAUGAACGUUAUCGUUAUAAAUAAAUAUAUAAAGUUGAAUGGGACCAUUUCUGAACAUGACAAAAUUUGAGGGUAGUUUCAAGGAAUAACGCAUGGACAAAGAUUACUUUUCGUUAAUGUGCUAAGAACUGAUUGGUGAUAGAUUUUGUCUUUUUUUUCAUAUGAAAUUAUUUUGCGUACUUAUAGGGGUAUCUAUCCCUAUCCCUAUCGUAGUAUAAAAUUGUAACAUGCGCUCGCGCUUCGUCAUGUAAUUAUUCUCAUUCAAAUACAAUAACUGCUAAUUGUCUGUCUCAAAGCAUCUGUCUUACCCGUUUAAAGCAAUAGGAGACAGGUUUUGUAAACUCGAUACAAGAAAAGAAAAAAAAAUUGCACGAAUAAUUGUCUAAUUAUUCACGAAUAAAAUAAAUAUUAUUUAAUUAAACAGUUGUUUUGUGUCAAUAUUAAUUUUAUAAAUGUUGUAUAUUUUACAGAGUUCAGAAAUAACUAUUUAGUAUGGCAUUCAAACGCAUUUAUUUAAAUAUUUGUACAGGCCUUUUAUUUGUUUGGCCACGAAUCUGUGGAUUUACGCACUGUUUCCAAGGGAAAUUUCGCCUCUGCUCCCUCUAAAGAUUUUUAAGAGACUAAACGUCACUGUGUCGUUUUGAGAAGGCCAUGUCUAAAUGGUUGAGCUCUGGGCUAGAUGAUGGCGAGUAUUCAGCUCUUAUAAAGUCCGGAAUGUUGGUUUCAUGCCAGACUUGGGUAGUCCUGCCUGCUGGAAUGUCCACGGUAUAUUUUAAAAAAGUGUAUUGCUGAGAGGUUUCACAACAUGACCUAAGACUGUAUCUUAAUACACUUUGGCUAAUGUUUUCACUAGUUUUUUUUACAAAAAUGUAGUUUCGUG